CUGAAAUGUAGUCGGAUUGAUUCAAGCAGUACUAUUUUUCAGUCAGAUGAUCCAGCCUUUUUGGCUCCUGGUACUGAAGUCAGUGCAAAAUUCAAAGGAGCCUUCUGUGAAGCUAAAAUCAAAAAAAUAUGCAAAUCGGUGAAAUGUAAGAUCGCACUUAAAGAAGCACCUUUCGGAUCGAUGGUAGUUGAAGAGCAUUUGGUAAAAGGCACCCUAGAAGUCAACCAAACUGUAGAUGUUUUUCAUGGAAAGCAUUCAGUAAAGGGAGUCAUUCAACAUGUGAAGGAUUGCAGUACGUACCACGUCGUUUUCAAUGAUGGUGACGAGAAAGUAUUGCGACGCACUCAAAUGUGCCUCAAGGGAGCAAAGCAUUUUGACACCGAAUCGAACCUCGAUCAAAUGCCAUUGUACAAUCCGGAACAGUUUUGCUCUAUCGUAUUUGCUUCGAUUUCAAGACCUAAACGGCGUAGGGAUGAAGAUAGCGAAGACGAAGAAGGAAAAAAGAGGAAGAAAAGAGCAGCCGCUUCAGCAGCCACUGUUGCUAUCGGUGAAAUGGAUCAUGUGGGUCGAUCUACCUUCUCAUUUCUUUUCCUGUUGAACAUUUAG